AAAGCCAAUUUUUUCUUGGCUGAAACCGCUUAAUAGACUGUCUGGGUUGGAUCCCAAAUUCCCAAAUCCCAACUGAUCAGGCAAAACCAAAAGCCACCGCUUGACCUCCCAAUGGAGAACUUCAAAUCUUAUCUCGUUCUCUACACCUUGUCUCAAUUCCCUCGCUCGCUAUCCAUGCUCUGAGUUUAAAUGUCUCCCUCGUCUUCGUCUUAUUAAUUUGUUGGUUAAUUCGUGCCAUGGCUUCCUUUCUUCUUUAGCCCUGUAAGACACAGAAGAGCAGCUCUUCACCUCUCUCUGUCUCUUUCAUGGUUCAUGCGAGGGAAUCAGUUGCCACCCUCUUUACAGGAUUCUCCUCUUUACUCUCAACUUGGUAAAAGACUGGAACAGAGAGGUUUCGGCCUAUCCUCGAUCUUUAGCUUCAACUGCAUUGAUCAAUUACAGGAAAGGAGGUCGGAACCUUGGUAUUGGGUCCUGAGUGUACCUACAGCAGACACCUGCAUCUCUAUGGCCAAGCAAGCAAUACUACAUGUGCUAGUUAUACCAGCCCCAGUACAGGGCCAUGUCACGCCCCUGAUGGAGUUGUCUCAGAGCCUGGCUAUUUGUGGGAUCAAGGUUACAUUUGUCACUGAAGAAUCAGUGAAACAAAGAAUAAUGGCUGCAUUACCCAAUAAGGGUAGCAUGCACAGCCUCAUUCAUCUGGCUUCUAUCCCGGAUGGGGCGAAAUUCGGAGAUGACACCAAAGAAGUUGAUGCUGCCAGAAAGGUAAUGCCAGGUUAUUUAGAGAACUUGAUUAAGAAAAUCAAUGAAGAAUCAGACAAUAACAACAACAACCAGAUCAAUUGUGUCAUCGCAUCAGCAGCAUUGAAGUGGCCCAUGGAAGUUGCCGAGAAGAUGGGAAUCAAGCGAGCAGCGUUUAGCACAACCUCGGUCGGAGUUCUAGCCUUGUUACUUCACAUUCCUAAGCUUAUUCAGGCUGGAAUCAUUAAUGAAGCCGGAAUUGCUUUGAAGAAUGAGAUGAUUCAGUUGUCUCCUAAUGCGCCAGCCAUUAGCACAGCUGAUUUGGUGUGGAACUGUACAGACGAUCCGGCCAUGCGAGAUAUCCUUUUCAAAGCAGCAUUGGAUGCGAAAAGUGUAGCCAAACUCUGGGACUGGGUUCUCUGCAACUCAUUUUACGAGCUCGAACCAUGGUUUUAUAACUUGAUCCCAAACAGCCUUCCUGUCGGUCCAUUGCUUGCAAGCAGUCGACUCGGGGAAUCGAUCGGAAACCUCUGGCAGGAGGACUCCACCUGUAUAAGCUGGCUAGACCAGCAACCAGCCCGCUCCAUCAUUUAUGUUGCCUUUGGAAGCCUCGCCACAUUCAGCCAGUGCCAGUUUGAUGAACUAGCAGCUGGUCUCCAACUUGCCGCUAGGCCAUUCUUAUGGGUUAUUCGACCAGAUUUCAUGAAGGAAUCUACCACAAACCUAAAUGGAUUCAGGGAUAGAGUAGCUCAUUGUGGAAAGAUAGUGAGUUGGGCACCUCAACAAAAGGUUCUGGGUCACCCUUCUGUUGCAUGUUUCUUAAGCCAUUGUGGUUGGAACUCAACAAUUGAUGGCUUAAGCAUGGGGGUUCCCUUUCUAUGUUGGCCUCAGUUUGCUGAUCAGUUCUUUAACAAACACUUCAUUUGUGACGUUUGGAGGGUGGGUUUGUAUCUGGAGGGAGACGAAAAUGGGAUAGUACCAAGAGACGAAAUCAAGAGUAAGGUGAAGAAAUUGCUUGGUGAUGAAAGUAUAAAAGCAAAGGCUUUGGAAUUGAAAGAAAUGGCUUGGAACCAAGGCGGCACUUCUUUCAGGAACCUUGAGGACUUUGUUGAACAGAUCAAGUGUUGAUGUAAAUUUUUUUGAGUACUAGUGGAAUGGCCCGUGCGAUGCACGGGGUAUUUGAUAUUGGUGGUGAUGUUUGACUAUGCUUUUACAUCUCGGGCAUAGAUGAAAGUUUAUAAACCGUUUAAGUCCUAAGACAA